AUGCGGGCAAGUUCUCCAUUCAUUGCCGGCCGACCUCAUUCACCCGGUCGCCCAUUCACCGCGGCGCGGCCGCAGUGCUCGGCCUACCUGCUCACCGGAGCGGCGUCGAGGCCACCUAGCCCAGAGCUCCGGCGCUCCUUCCGGCAACAGAGCCUGCUGGGAGGCCAGUGGCAGCAGCGGCGGAGAGCUAAAGGCCGGCCGCAGCGGCUGCGUUCUUGGCUGCGCUCCAUGCCGGCCGCCUCGAAGGCGGACCGGUGCGGCGGCGGGGGCGGCGGCGGCGGCGGCGGGGGCGGCGGCGGGGGCGGGGGCCGACCGCUGCCGGCCAGGGGCAGCGCGCCCUGA